CGGACGGGCUCAAAAGGUCGCCAUUUUUUCUAGUGGACGAGAAGUGAGCUCUGGUUGUUCUUGUGCAUCGGGGCUUUGGGAAUGAGUGUUGACUGGAGACAUAAUCAGCGGUCGAGCGACGUCGUGAACUCGAAUUUUUCAAGGGUCAGAACACCGCGUGAUGAUUUCUGAUUGAACCAAGCUAAAGCUCUUUGAGUCAAAGUUGAGAUGUCUGCAUUUCUGUAAGAGGAAAUGGCAAGGAAAAGGAGAGAAAGGAUAUGAAAAUGGGCGGGGGAUAGAAAGAGAGAGAAGCUGCAGCGUGUUUUGUCUUACAUUUUUUUUAUUUUUACUUAGAUCACCGCCCCCCUCCCCCCCCAAUGGCGGAUAGGACGUAGAUUAACGAGGAAUCAUCAUGCUUCAGUCUACUCGCGACUAGAGGAAGCGUAAGAACUUGUAUGCUGGAUGGAAUUGAUGUGACCUUGGAUCGGGGACAGGACGAACUGGGAUGGAGCAGCCGGCGGCGGAUUACCAGCUCGUCGAUACGGUCUGCGUUCUAUUGUGGACAGGAGUAUUGCAGUUACGUGGAAAAUGGAAACCUGAAGAAAGACGCGGAUUAGGCGGACGAAGAUCGAUUGUAAUCCCUGCGAGGACAAGAGAUCUGGGCAGUAGUAUGAGGUUGACUUCGUUUAGACUGUUGAAACGAACGUCGUGUCGUGAGUAUAGUGAAACAAAGUACAAUGGCAACGCGCGGAGGAUGCAGAGGGCUCACGACACUACUUCCGGGUGCAGAGAGACGCAGCGGCGUGUAUCGUUGGUGGACUUUCACUGGACGUCGCUGGAUCUAGUGAGUGAUAAAUUCAACGCCCACAGAGAGCGUCAUAUCGCAUGCGUAGUUGUAAAUUGCAUUGAUUAAUAACGAAGGGAGUAAGGACAGUUGC